CUGACCAGCUGUGCAGGCGCCACUUCCGGUAACUACCGGGGGCACACUGAGAGGAGCUGGGGAUACAGUGUGACAAGCCGUCCAAUACAAUUCCCUCCAUAUAGUUUUCUGCUCUUGUCAUGGCUGACACGGUGGUUGAUACGCGCCGGCUCUUGAGUAAACCGCAGAAUCUGAACGAUGCCUACGGGCCUCCCAGCAACUUCCUUGAGAUAGACGUGAGCAACCCACAGACAGUAGGGGUGGGCCGGACCCGGUACACUACAUAUGAGGUCCGGCUAAAGACCAACCUUCCCAUUUUCAAACUGAAAGAGUCUUGUGUCAGAAGAAGAUACAGCGACUUUGAGUGGUUAAGAAGUGAGCUUGAACGAGAAAGCAAGGUUGUUGUUCCUCCAUUACCUGGGAAGGCUAUUUUCCGUCAGCUUCCUUUCAGAGGAGAUGAAGGAAUAUUUGAAGACUCAUUCAUAGAAGAAAGAAAACAAGGGCUCGAACAGUUCAUAAACAAGGUCGCUGGCCACCCACUGGCACAGAAUGAAAGAUGCCUGCACAUGUUUUUACAAGAUGAAAUUAUAGACAAGAGCUACACACCGUCCAAAAUAAGACAUGCUUAAAUAAUGGGAGCUGAAGAACUCUGACUAUAUAAAUGAUUGUCUUAAGAUUUAAACAUAUCCUCAGCAUGUUACGAUUCACUUUAAUUGUAACCUACUAACCUACAUUUUGUUUUCUCUAUUUGUCUUCUAAUUGAUGUUCAUGUACCAGCAAUGUUUCAUUCCCAUGGAGCUGGGCAGUAUUAUAUCUUAUUUCUAACAUAUUUAUUGUUCUUCUUGAUGCCAUCUACCGAAUGCAGGCAUAUGUUCAUGCAGUAUGCAAUAAAGCACUGUUUUGAAAUAAUGUGGCAAACAAACAAAAAAUCUAAAUCUUGCUAAUCAGAUUUUACUCAAGAUAUGUUGCAUUCAUCAAAUACAUGUUAAUGUGUUUUAUUCUGUUCUUUUAGGAUGGUCGCUACAUUUAGAGAAUCGUCACUCAUAACAUUUCUUGAACAAUUUUGAAUUUGACCAUUGUAGCAAAAAUGUAAUGAGCACUUAAUAUUCAUGUUGGUGUGUAAUCCAAAAAAAAAAAACCCUCUCUCUUUCUCUCUCUCUCUCUCUCUCUCUCUACAAGCACUAACUUGUCACUAAGGUUUAUGAGCAGCAUAUUGUUGUCUGUUCAAUUAUGUGUGUCGGUGUAUAACUUCCACUGUUAAAGGUGCUGUUCCACAUAAAGCAUGAUUGGAGUCAUAACAAGUCAAGUAAUAAUCUUUCAUCAGAGGAUCUAUAGCACAUAAAAUCACAAACUAGUAAGAGGCAUUUUCUGUUCCUAUGGCAACAAAGACUUUUAACCUAUGAGUGCCCUCUAUUUUGUGGCACGUGACUACAGGUUACAGUCAACUAUUCCUUCUGAAAAUAUGAUGGGGACAACAUGAUCAGCUGUUUUGGGGAAGGAUUCAGGAGAACGUGGAAGGAAUAUUGUUUCUAAAAUACAUUCAGUUAUAAAGGCGUGUUUAAUUGGAACAGCACCUUUUAAUUUUCCCUUAAAGCUUGCAAAAAGACUUUAUACUAAACUUAAGAACGUUACUUAUAUAAAGUAUAAGCACAUUUAUAUGAUUUGUCUAAAUUUUUAAUUUUUUUUAAAAAUAAAAUUGUAAACAAAA